AAAAUAUAUUUUCUUAAGCUAUAUAUCAUGAAAAUUUAAAUGUCUUAGAGGCUUGUUUCAUGAGAUCAUAUUUAAAAGAAAAUGAAAACCUUUUUUACUUCUCUCUCUCUCUAUAUCUCAAGGAAAAAAAAACAAAAAAAAAACCUGUUUGACAAGAAAACCUUGGAAAAACUUUUCUGACAAGAAAUUGAAUUACAAAACAAAUAAAAAAAAGGUUAAAUUGAUCGAUUCCCUUCAAAACUCUACUUCCUUUUAACAAAUAAAAAGAGAGUAAAGGCACUCUCCCUCUUUAGUUCAACUAAAGAAAAAAACAAUUCCAUCCAUCAUGUCUCCAAUAAAAACUAGCUUUAUAUCCUUACUUAUCAUCGUUUCCAUGGGCGUUGCUGUCGCCGUCGCCGGGAAGACGCACGUCAUCGAUUUCCAAUGGCCUAACCUCUACCCAGAAGGCAUGGCCUGGGACCUAUUAGCCCAGCACUUCAUCGUCGGUUCCCUAAACCACCGUACAAUCCACUCCGUUUCCGACGCAGGCGUUGUCGAAACUCUGAUCUCCGAUCCCGCCCUCCCUGAAAACGUUACUGUUUUAGGUCUGACGGUAGAUUUCACUAAAAACCGCCUUCUCGCUUGCCUCCACUCUGUUUCCCCUCUCCCUCCAUUCAACGCCCUCGUCGCCUACGACCUCCGCACCCGCCGCCGCCUCUUUCUCUCCCUCCUCCCCUCCGACCCUGAUUUCCCCAUCGCCUCAAUCGGCCGCGGGCGUGACGUUGCCAACGACGUUGCCGUCGACUUCAAGGGCAACGCUUACGUCACCAACUCGGUCGGAAACUUCAUCUGGAAAGUCAACGAAGAGGGAGAGGCGUGGAUCUUCUCGAGAUCUCCAGCCUUUAGCCGUUACCCAUCGGUUAUGGGCAAAAACGAACCGUUCAACGAUUGCGGCCUCAACGGAAUCGCUUACGUCAGCAAGGGAUAUUUACUGGUGGUGCAAAGCAAUACGGGCAAGAUGUUUAAGGUGGAUGAGGAGAAUGGGAAAGCGAGGACAGUUUUGCUGAACCAGGAUUUGGUUAUGCCAGAUGGGAUUGCGAUCAGGAGAGACGGCGUCGUUUUAGUGGUGUCAACGCAAAAGCUUUGGUUUUUGAAGAGCGACGAUAGUUGGGGAGAAGGGGUGGUGUAUGACAAAACUGCCCUUGAGGAGGAAGGGUUCGCAACCUCAGUUGUAGUGGGUGAGGAAGGGAGGGCGUAUGUGUUAUAUGGGCAUGUGAUGGAGGGUAUAAAUGGGAAAGAGAGGGAGGGGUUUAAGAUAGUGGAGGUGAGGUCGGAGAAAGAGAGUGGGGAGGAACAUGUUUGGAUUUAUGUGCUGCUAGGGUUAGGUUUGGCUUAUUUUUUAAUUUGGAGGUUCCAAAUGAAACAGCUUGUCAACAACAUGGACAAAAAAAUCAAUUAGUCUACGUCUUUUGUUUUGUUUUUUUUUUUUUUUUGUAAUGAAAUAAUUAAUUCAUCUUUCAUUUUGGAAUUAAAAGGUCUGUGGUCUACAUGAAAAUUGGUGCUAAAUAUGUAAAUGACUCCUUUUUUCUUCUCAAUAUUAAAAAAGAACUCUUGAACCGAAAAACUCAAUAUUUCAUCACAUAAGUCUUUCUGGUCUAGUAAUGCUGGAGUAGCUACACAAAUAGAUACAUUCAUUUCUUGGGAAAAACCAAGUCUUCUAAUACCUCAGCUAAUUUCACUUUAGUUACAAAUUCCAGGAAAAUUGACAACACAAACCAACCUAUUACUCGCAAAAUCACAAGGCAUUGUUAACGUUUGCUUCCACAAAUGCUCCAACUCUGCCUUCAGGGGCUGGCAGUGGAAGUGGCAAUAUCGGAGACUUCUUCAUCCCAUUAUUCUCAGUUUUUGGCUUAGAUACUCCAGCCUUCUCCCUAAGCUCCUCAAGCUUCUUCAUCAUCUUUUUCUUCAUU